UUGAUUGUGGCACUUUUGUUGGAUUUUUGUGUCUGCGUCACUCGUGUUAUGUCCGUUUUUACUGAAAUAUUUUUGUGUUCAAAGUUAUUACGGUAAUAUAAUGAUUAUUUCGGUUUAUUUUGUAUUACUGCCUUACACGAAUUGCCUUUUCUCGACCUAAGUGAACUUUAAAGUGUGAUAACGGUGUUGUUAAUUAGUGCCUUGAAAAGUUUUUGACCAAUUUCAAAGUUUUGUGAAGUGGUUGUUUUCUAUGAAUACUUUGAUAACAAAAUAUGUGUAAAUAUUGUGUUAUUGGAUGUACACAGCGGCAAAUUUGAUUCGUCAGCAUGGCGUAGAUUUGCUCUUCUCACUGCUGUCCGUGCACAUCGACGACUGGAUUCAUUCUCACGACGCUGACUUGAUGCGGUGAGAGGAUGGACGCGGCCGACAAGCGAAUGCUGGAGCGCGAGGCGCUCCGGAACAUGAUCCAGCAAUGGAACGCCAACCGCCUCGACCUCUUCGAGCUCAGCGAGCCCAACGAGAAUUUGGAGUUCCACGGGGUGAUGCGGUUCUACUUCCAAGAUUCUGGUCAGAAGAUAGCCACGAAGUGCAUCCGCGUCGCGUCAGACGCGACAGUGAGCGACGUCAUAGAGACCCUGAUCGAGAAGUUUCGUCCAGACAUGCGUAUGUUAUCGCUCGGCUCGUACUCGUUAUGGGAGACGCAUGGCCCUGACGAUGAGCGACGACUCGAGCCGCACGAGAAACCAUUGCUCGUGCAACUCAACUGGCACGCCGACGACAGGGAGGGACGGUUCUUGCUGAAGUGCCUUAGCAAUAAUGAAGUGCCUAUUUCGUCAGAGAAAGGUGACCAGAACUUCAAGCGGAAACUGUCCAAACGAGAAAAGAAAGAACUGAAGAAAAAAGAAAAAUUAUCCCGACUGAAAUCCGAUGCUAACGACGAGAAUCGUCCUGUUGCUGAGAAACUUUAUACAGAGUUGCCGGAGACGUCGUUCACGCGCAGCAUCAGCAACCCGGAGGCGGUGAUGCGGCGUCGGCGCCAGCAGAAGUUGGAGCGGAAGUUACAGCAGUUCCGCUCCAAAGAUGGCGGCCCCGAUACCGGUGGGACACUGAAGAUCUACGGGUCAUCAUUAUGCCCGGACGUACCGUAUAAGACCCUGCUGCUGUCUGUGGGAGACACCGCGGCCGGCGUGGUGCGGGAGACGCUCGACAAGUACGGGUUAAGUCGACACGAUCCGCACCACUACUGUCUCGUGCAGGUGGACACGGCGGAUAAUUCCGAGUACAUAUUGGAGGACGACGAGUGCCCGCUUGCCAUCGUGAUGACGCAUUCACACCGCAGCUCCAUCAUGUUCCACGUGCGGCGGCGGCCGGCGGACUCGCAGCCGCGACGCCGCAAGAAGAAGGCGGGCGCGGGCGCGGGCGCGGCGCGGCCCGGCACCGAGCCCGCGCUGCUGGAGGUGGCGCCCGACGGGGCCCCGCUCGAGAACGGCCGCCGCGUGCGCGUCGGCGACCUCAUCGAGGUUGGGUCUGGCAACGGCACAGCCCUGCAGCUGUACGGGCCGUCCAUCCAGCCGCGGCACUGCGUGGUAGCGCCGGCCGAGGGCGGCGGCUACACCGUCACUCCGCUGCACACCGACGCGCACGUCUACGUCAACGGACGACGUAUCAUGCACACGCAGCGGUUACAGCACGGUUGUCUACUGAAAUUCGGGCGAGUAUCUACGUUCCGCUUCGUGGACCCUGCGCAAGAGAACAUGCUGAACCGCAACCUCGCGCAGUCGCAGCACUUCGGCUCCGGCUCCAUAUACGACAGAUCGCCGACGUCGCCCGGUGAGAACAGCGGCGCGAUGUCGCCGACGUCGAUGUCUUCGCACCAGCCUGACGCUCUAGACACGAACGCGAACAACACGGAGGAAUACCCGCGGACCAUGAGCCCCGUCUCGCACGACACAUACGGCUACAGAGACGGCAACGACACCAUACCACCGUACAACAACAACACUCUCAAACUAGACAACGAAUCGCUCAUGAUGUCCCAACAUCUUAACGAUUCAAAAGACGACUACAUGAGAGACAUAAGGGACGAGCACUCUGGCUCGGUGUACAACGACCACGAUCAGAGCGCAAACAGGACUGCCAACUCGCAGUACAAAGACAACUACGAGACGACAUUCGACCUGGAUGGAAACGUUGAGACUAAGAGUAUUUGCAGCGCGAAGAGCGGUGGCUCUGGUCAUGAUAACAGAAUGAGCGCGACAGUGCCAGCAGCGCGGCCGGGGCAGGAGGCCAUCUUGCCCGCAGUACUCGAGUUCCCAGAGGCGGGGCAAGCGCAGUUCCUUGCCGCGGUCAUCUCGAGACUCGACCCCCACGCGCCCGCCUUCAAACUUGCGCCCGUGUAUACGCUCUAUCUGUGCGCCAGGUACCGCGCGUCGACACACUACCGGCCCGAAUUAACCCCGACCGAGCGAGCACACAAGCUCACCGCCUUCCUGCACCACGUCGCUACCCUCAUACACGCCACAGUACAGGAACGAUGCACGGACUCUGCGGCGCAGGCGUUCUGGAUGGCGAACGCGAGCGAACUGCUCCAUUUCCUCAAAUGUGACAGACAUAUCUCCUCUUUCUCCACGCAAGCUCAGGAUCUACUCCCCACUACUGUGCAGAAUGCUUUCAGCAACCUAGUAUCAUGUUUCCAAGAGGAACUAUCGCGUGCGCUGGCGACGCUCACCAACGCUGCGGUGACGGACGCGACGGAAGCCACGGCGCCCACCCUGCAAGCGCUCGCGGCCGCGAUGGUUCUGCUACGACGAUGCCGGGUCAACGCUGCCCUCACUAUACAACUGUUCUCGCAUCUCUUCCACUAUAUCAACGCUGUCUGCUUUAAUAAGUUGGUGACGGAGCCGGGGUGCAUCUCGGCGCGGUGGGGCGCCGCGCUGUCUUCACGUCUGGGUAUGCUAGCGGCGUGGGCAGAGCGACAGGGGCUCGAGCUCGCCGCCGACUGCCAUCUGGCCAGGACUCAUCAGGCUGCUCGACUAAUCCAAGGCGAGUAUCGGACCGCGGAGGAGGUCCGCGCGGCCCUAGCGGCGUGCUUCAAGCUGAACUCGGUGCAAGUCCGCGCGCUGCUCACCCCGCUAGCGCCUCCCGACGUGGUGGACGCGGCCGUGCACCACGCGCGUGCGCUCGCUGACGAACUCUGCCGCGCUGACGGGAGAGAGAUACGCCUAGAAGAAGGAGUAUGGCUGGGCGCAGGCCUGCUGAUCCCGGGCGACGGGUUCAGCGCCGAAGUGGUCCGCGGCGUGCCUCCCGGCCUCGCCGAGUUCGUGGCGCCGCUGCAGCGCGCGGGCCUGUGCCGCCUCGCGCACCAGCCGCAUGCCAUCGGUGUGUGGACAGUAUACAUGACGGGGUACGGCACGCAAAAUCGGAGGCCGCCUGACCCACGAUUGCAGAUCAUACAACUCAAUAAGAAUUCCAACGGCAUGGGACUCAGCAUUGUCGCUGCUAAGGGCGCGGGGCAGAGCAAGCUGGGCAUCUACAUCAAGUCGGUGGUGGCGGGCGGCGCGGCGGCAGCCGACGGGCGCCUGGCGGCCGGAGACCAGCUGCUGUCCGUCGAUGGACACUCGCUCGUCGGCAUCACGCAGGAGAAGGCAGCAGAAUAUCUAGUGCGGACCGGUCCUACGGUAACGUUGGAAGUGGCCAAGCAGGGCGCGGUUCUACACGGACUAGCGACGCUUCUACACCAACCCGCUUACAACCAACGACAAGCGGGCGCGGUGCGGCGCGCGUCGGAGCGCGACCUGCCGGGGCGGCUGGCGGCCGAGCCGGUGAAGCCCAGCAAGAGUACACCGGCGCUGCAUCACGUCGCCUCGCCGCCGCCGCACCACUACCCGACGAGCGGGCCGCACAGCCCAGCGGGCAGUGCGAGUGUGGCGAGCGUGGCGGGCGCGGGAGGCGCGGGGGGCGCGGCGGCGUGGGCCAGCAAGUCCCGCAGUAGCCACAACCUGUCGCAGCCGCCCGACGCCUUCUACCAGAACCUGCAGGCCGUGCACUCGCAGCAAGCGCUGCACAACAGAUGGUCGUCAUUGCGCAGCUCGACGGGCAGCUCGCGGCCGCAGUCGGCGCACUUCGCCGCCAACCAGGACCAACCGCCGGACUCGCCGCUAUUGCAACAAGCAAAUCAAAACGCAAUGAGCGCUCGAGCAGCUAAACUGGCCGAGAUGUCAGAAGAAGUUACGAGACGGCAGCAACUCCAACAAAUGCAACAGCAACAGAUGCAACAACAACAAAUACAACAGCAACAGAUACAACAACAACAACAGUUGCAACAGCAACAGAUACAACAACAACAGUUGCAACAGCAACAGAUACAACAACAACAACAACAGUUGCAACAGAUGCAACAACAGGUGUAUCAACAGAAACCGACACACGCGCACCUCACACAUGCGCAAAGCCACCAAAUGUUGUCGCAACCGCAGACCAAUAUGGUCAAUCAAAAUAAUCAUCAGAUGGGCGCCGCGCAGCCGGUGCUGAGCCCGAGCAUGCACAUGCACUCGGGGCAGCCCAUGUACCAGGCGCAGUCCGCCGUGCACUCGCCGCCGCACCACAUGUACCAUAACCAGCCGCCACCGCACAGGUAUGAGUGGCAUCCACCGGGCCCGCCUUCCCCGCAACGAUCUCAGCCACCUGUCGCGCCAAAGCCACAGGGUUUAAGAAGAUCGGAACCGGACAUGGAAGAGCAGAUGCACCAACAACCACAACCCACCGGCUCUGUGCAGCCCGAGGACGAGCGCUACGUAGCGAGCGCGCUGGAGCCUCCCGCGGUGUCAGUGUACCCGGCGGGCGGGGCCGGCGCCGGGCCGCGGCCGCAGCCGCCGCACAACCCCUGGCAGCGUGAGGAGCGCGAGCGGCAGCAGGAGGCGCGCCGCGCCGCCAACAGGGCACGCAGAGACGCGACGAUCGCUCAGCUACUCGCGCUAGGGGCUGCGCGCACGCCGGUACAGAACCAGCAGCUGCGCGCCCUGCAGCUGGAGCGGGACUUCGAGCGCCGCGCCACGCAGCACGACCAGGAGGAAGGCACGAACACGGAACUAGUAGACGAAGAGGACGACGGCCCCGAGUCUCUGGAGCCGCCACAGUCGCCGCAGCCGGCGCCGCCGCCGCCCAAGUCCAUCCUCAAGACCAACCGCGCGGACCUCACCAACGGGUACACCCCUACUGACAAUCCCGCGGAGGAGCCCCGCGUGUCGGAGGUGGCGACGCUGCUGGCGGCGGCCAGCCUGGCGCCGGGCAGCCUGGCGCCCGCCAGCCUGGCGCCGCCGCCGCCGGAGCGCGGCUCGUCCUUCGCCGUGAUGGCCACGCACGCGCGCGCGCUCUCGCCGCCCGCGCCGCCCGCCGCGCCCGACCACGCGCACCCGCAAUCCCCAGCGGGCUCUCUCCGCGACCCCCGCGACAAGCGCGUGUCGUUCCACGAGCGCGCGCCCCCGGCCGCGGCCCCCCCCGCGCCGCCCGCCUCCUCGCCGCCGCCGCUCGACCCGCCGCACACGCCGCACGCGCCGCAACAACCGCCGCCCGACCGGGAGGAUCCCGAUCGCUUCAUCGAGGAAGCAGAGAAUAUGCUGGCGGGCGGCGCGGCCACCUCGCCCACCACGCCCACGGGGCCGCUCACGCACACGCCCGGCGUCAUCGGCGCACAGGAAGUCUACAGAGACCCGCGGGCGCGGCGCCUGGCCGAGCGCGAAGCGCGGUCGGCGCGGCCGGCCGCGGUGCCCGAGCAGCUCUCCUUCAAGGAGAAGAUGAAAAUGUUCGCGCUCGAGUCGGGCGAGGCCUCCACGCCUAAGGACAAGGUAAAGAUAUCGCGAGCUCAACGCGACAUCGACGCAGUACACUGAUGUGACGGUACACAACCACGGAGGUACGACGAUAUAAUAAUAUACGACUCAACGUGACGCUACGUUACUUUUUAUAUUUCAGUAUUAUAUUAUGAAACGUCUAUGAGAAGUCCAGUUUAUAAAUACUUAUACAUAUAAUAUAUUUAAUUUUUACAAUUUUAUGUGAGAUUGGGGUUAAGAGAGCCUAAAACCUUAGGAUAGUUGUCAAUUUACGGUUUAGAAGUCCAGUUGAAAACAUGUAGGAACAAUGAAGUAGCAGUAUUUACUUGUGAGUGUGAAGCACGCGGCAGACGGAACCGGUCGACAACGGACGGCACUAAUGGUCAGUAUUCCACCACCAGCUUCAGUUACCGACUUACGAGCCGGUGGCCACUGACGCCGAUAUCGAAAUCGGUCUCAUACAUUUACAUACUGCACCAGUAUUGCAAUCUGCCGCAUGCUUCGCAAUCGCACAUUUUGAGGGUACUCGGAGAGCUUUUACAAUGUGAUGAGGUCCAUGCGCAUGCCUUCAAAGGGACGUAGCACCAAUGUACACGUCAACGUGUACUGUAGAGUAUAAGGAACAUUAUCAAAUGGAUAUAUUUUUAUGAUAAUGAAUUUUGAUUGUUGUAUACACAUCGCCUUAGCAGCUAGUGCAAUGAUUUUAUUACGAUGACACGAUUAUGUAUACAAUCGUUUGGUUCGAUUCCAAAAAUAAAUAUUUACCUAUAUUUAAAUGUAAGUCGAUGGAUAUGAGCGGCACAAUCAAAUCAGUGUAUAAUACCACCUAAAUUUAGACUAUGUGCCAUUGUAAUAGUGUAUCCUAAAAGUGUAAAUAGUAUACGGUGAUUUUGUUCGCUGAUAUGCGGGUUUCCUUAGAUAACUGUAUUGGAUAGACGUGCGAUAUUCUGGUAGUGGUCACAAUAGAUAGCCGUAUACUUUUUACAGCAUGUCGUUUAUAUUUUACACUUACGAUAGAGGUUUACCUCUCCGGGAGGACCAAUGUGUCGAGUCGACGACUGUGGUGCCUUUGCGAGUACCGCAUACAGUAGGGAGUAGUACAUAUCCACUAUAUGCUUCGUAAUGUUGCCUAAAUGUAAUCAUAUCUCUGCUUCUACUAUUAAGCUUCGUUACAUUCCAAAGAAUAUUUCUUAUUGUAAUUCUAUUAAGAAACAUUCCUAUCUUGUCGAGUUGUAUCAAAAUUUUAUGUGUUACACACGUUAGUUGCAUAUUUCGAAAUAUAUCGCUCCGUUGAAACUUUAACAUAAAGCAAUAACUCCUUGUGAAGCCUUUGAUGUACUUUAUAUUAGUUAUGUUAUAAGCACAUGAUUGUGCCAAAAUGUAUGUACCUAGUGAAUGGAAUAGGAUUUAUCAUUUUUACUUGUCCUGGCAGCUGCAAAUAAUUGGUCUGUGCUGAGUAGUGAGUACUGAUUGAUCGCUAUAGUCACAGCAUGUACUACACGUAGCCACCGCUACUGUAGUACCGGUAGCAGCAGCCGUGAAAUAUAUUAAUUACUGCAUGAGUAGCGUCGUGAGCCAUUGUGGCAGCACCAACUAAUUGUACAUAAUGUACCUAGUGAAAUCCCUAUAAUUAUGUUAAGGUUUUGUACACCUGUUUGUAUAUGUAAAUGUUUAUUUAAUUAUAUGGAAUGACGGACGAGAGGCCUAUUCAGAGCUAGGAUUUAGUUUAGUACCUGGGAAUCGUCUAAAUAUUCUCAGUAUUCACCCAACGAUAGUCAAUUAGAAGAGAUUGAGAUUUAUCUGUAGGAUCAAGUUGAAUUAUUUUAUGCUACUAAAGUGUAUAUAAAACUGACAGCUCACAUUAUCAAUGUUCAACUAUUGUAAUUGGGUAGUUAUUUUAUUACAUAUUCACAAAUUAAUUGUAUCGUUAUUAACAGUAAUUAUUAUGUACUUCAUCUACUUGAAAAAGUAAAUAAAUAAAGUAACAUUCACAUUGAA